UGCAUGCAGUGCGGUGGAGACUCGAGAUAAACAUAUUUUAUCUGUUCAUCUUCGAAGCUGACGCGAUCUUUAAAGAUGAGGAAUGAGGAAGAAAAAUGAGGAGAAACAUGAUGUAGCCUAUUGUAAAUGUCUGCAUUUUCAAAUAUUGAGAGUCAAACGCGCACUACCGGAAAUCAUUUUCUCCUUGGGAUAGACGCGAAUUUCCGCCGGUUCGUUUAAGUAAGCUACCACCCGGCACAUUUUUUUAUUUAAUCGGUGCACUGUAAUGCGGUAGCCUAAAUAUGACAGACUGUCAUAUUCGUAACGAUGCGCUGUAACUCGCCGAACAGCACAACUGGCAAGGCUACUUUGUGACGGAAGAGGCGAUUCCUCUGCAUGAGCUCAUGGAGUGGAGCUAUUGCUAUUAUCACGGGCAAUGUAACGGAUAGGGGGAUUAAUAUUAAUAUGGGGGAGCUCCUUUUCUCCUCACGCGGUGUAGUGACUAUAUGUAAUGCUGGCCUGAUUAGCUAGACCUCGCGCUCGCAGCAGAGGCACGAAAGGGGACCAGAUAUUUUAAUUCUUGGCUACUCCAUGAUUUCGUAGCCUGCUGGUUUUGCUUCGACGAAGCUCCAAAGGACUGAAUCAAGAAGAGCCGGCUUGAUCGGUCAGCGGGUGUUCUGUUGUGGAAACGGACUUCUGCAUCCACUAACUUCGCAGUUCCUUCGCCCGUUUAGCCUACCUCGGUGCUACUGUGGAUAGUGCCACCACGGGUUGACCGGAUUGUGACAGCUGUCAUUCAGCUGUCAUUCAUGUAUAGGGCUACAGUGGUACUCGCUGAUCUCAGUUGUCUUAAAAACAAUUUUCAAAAACUCACGCAUUCACAUGGGAGAUACCAGGACACGGUAUUGUCUUGGUUGGACGCGGGCUUGCUGUCAAGACAACGGCGCUGCUGACCCUGAACGGGAGAAACGAUGGGCUGAAUUGUUUGAGCAACUGGAUUUGAAUAAGGACGGGCGGAUAGACGUCAACGAGCUGAGGACCGGAUUGGCGGCUCGGGGUUUCCUUCGGGGCAAUGUGGAGGAGCAGAUAGUACAGGCGGGAGACACAAACAAAGAUGGCCAGUUGGACUUUGAGGAGUUCACUGAAUACCUCCGAGCCCAUGAGAAGGAACUGCGGCUCAUGUUCCACAGUCUGGACCACAACAACGAUGGUCACAUAGAUUUGGGGGAACUCCGGCAGUGUCUGCACGAUCUGGGAGUGGAUGUAUCUGUGGAGCAGGCUUCCAUAAUACUGCAGAGCAUGGACAAGGAUGGCACCAUGACCAUCGACUGGAAGGAGUGGCGAGAUCACUUCCUGUUCAACCCCAUCCACAACAUGGAGGACAUUGCCCAUUUCUGGAAACAUUCUCUGAUGCUCGACAUUGGUGAGCUUCUGACCGUUCCAGACGAGUUUUCGGAGCGGGAGAGGAGGUCUGGGGUGGUGUGGAGGCAGCUGAUGGCGGGGGCGAUGGCGGGGGCUGUGUCGCGUACCGGCACGGCCCCUCUGGAUCGACUCAAGGUCUUCUUACAGGUCCACGGCUCAAAGACCCCCCGGAUGAACCUGUGGACCAGUUUGAGUCGGAUGGUGCAGGAGGGAGGGCUGCGCUCCCUCUGGCGUGGGAAUGGCAUCAAUGUGCUCAAGAUCGCCCCGGAGUCCGCCAUCAAGUUCAUGGCCUACGAGCAGAUUAAACGGCUGAUGAGAGGCAACAAGGAGAAUGCAUCCCUUCAAGUCCAGGAGAGGUUCAUCGCGGGGUCACUGGCCGGAGCUACAGCCCAGACCAUAAUCUACCCCAUGGAGGUUCUGAAGACCCGGCUCACCCUGCGCAAGACGGGCCAGUUCUCUGGCAUGGGCGACUGCGCCAAGAAGAUCCUGCUGAACGAGGGCGUGCUGGCGUUCUACAGAGGCUACAUACCCAACACCCUGGGCAUCAUCCCCUAUGCUGGCAUCGACCUUGCCGUCUAUGAGACCCUGAAGAAUGCCUGGCUGCAGCGGUACUCUGUGGGCUCACCAGACCCCGGGGUUCUGGUGCUGCUGGGCUGUGGCACCGUGUCCAGCACCUGCGGUCAGCUGGCCAGCUACCCACUCGCUCUGGUCCGGACCCGCAUGCAGGCCCAAGCCUCUGUGGCCGGCGCUCCCAAGCUCUCCAUGGUGGGCCAGUUCAAGCACAUCGUCUCCCAGGAGGGCGUCCCGGGGCUGUACCGCGGCAUCGCCCCCAACUUCCUCAAGGUCAUCCCCGCAGUCAGCAUCUCCUACGUGGUGUACGAGCACAUGAAGAGGGCCCUGGGCGUGGGCUCUUAGGGAGGAGGAGGAGGAGGAGGAGGAGAGCGGAGGAGCCCCUGUGGGAUGGGCGAAUGUGAGGGAGGGGGUUUCCCGCACCCUGGCCCAAUCCCUGUGCUAGUACCCUGAAACGAACGCAGGCUGGUCCAGCAGCAUGUUCACAGAGAAAGGGACACGUUUUCUGAGCUGUCAUCCGAGGAUCGAUGGAUCCGCGGUAGUUUCUUGUUCUUUUUGUACCAAACAGAACAAAUAUGUGGGCCAGACUUAAGACACACUUCCUGUGUUCCUGGUCGUUACCCCUGCACCUCAGGAACAGGUAACAUUAACUUUAUUGACAUCGUCACGUACAGGAGAAAUUAGAGAACAAAAACGUUUUCAACUGCCGACUGGCCAAGUGGUGAGAACGACCCUUAAUUCUGUGUGCUCUAGCUGACUUUGAGCCCGAAGGAAAUGUGAAUUUUCAAACUAAUGUGUGCAAAAUCGUGGAUGAUGAUCCUCUAGAGGGAAACCUGAAACCAAAGCAUCCCUUCAUGAUAUGUUGCGAUGUUUUGAAUGAUGAAGCCAAAAAAAAAAUCAUAUAUUUUGGUUGGGUAGAAAUAGGUGUUUCUACCCAAUACCUAUUGUUUUAUAAAAAUAAUUAUAUAAAAACACUUUCAUAUGAAGUAUGUACAUCUACAGUUUUCAUUUUAAAAUUAAUAAUUUUACAAUGCAUUCUUGGAAAUUACCGUGAAACUACAGGUUCUGUAUAAAGCUAGUAAAACUUUAUACGUAUUUUAAUAUUUGCUGCACAUCUUUAUAUGCUUCGUAAUGUCAUUUCAAGGGGACUCAUUCAGGUCCAGAAUGGAUGUGAGAUGACAUGCAGAACAUGUACUGAACCCAGUUUGCUGGAUUUGCACUCUUUAAAGUGAAUGUGUUUGUUCCUGCAAAGUGGUAACUACUGAAUAUGCACUGCAUGAUUGCAUUAUUACAUUUUGCAGACACUGAAAUCUGUCAUUUCAUAGGACUCUGGCUGUUUUUGUCGGAAAUGUUUCUUUUUUUUUGUGGCUGAGAGAACAAAGUGGAACAUUUUACAAUAGGUUCUGUUGUGCCUGUUGACAAUGACAAUGACAAUGGCUGCGUGAACAUCAGUUACACAGACAACAACAACACAUUGGGAGAAUUCUGAAGUUCUGGAUGACUUGCCACCCUCACGUGACUUUUGUACACACGUCGGUAUGUGAGGAAUCGUCAGAUUCAGCUUCUCACCAGCAGACACAGGGUGUUCCCAGCCUUGACAUCGACUGGAACCUUCCACCUGAGAAUAUCCCUGCCCUGUCCGCCCCGGAGGGACAAACUCGACUGGACUUCGAGGAUGAGGUGUGGCACCGAGGUGUUUGUAGGAACAGAACCUGGAACCGCAGGGCUUGAGGUUUUAAUCCCAUAUCCGGGCACUUGAAUUAAUCUCGGACAAAGCUCCAUCCUGAAUUGCCUCAGCGAAUGCAAAGCUGUGUCUCUGACCGCGAGUGUACAUGCCGUCAGCCCCGCCCCCGGGCAUGUGAGGCUGGGAAGCCUGGAAGGCGUGAGGCACGGAGCGAGAGACUGAUCGCCGUACUGUAGGACCGUUGCUGGACCGCUGUGACCGUGCGCCACUGUGGUAGUCAGGCCUGUCGGGAUUGGCAAACACUGUUGUUCAGGCAUACCUGAAGUGUGCACAUCCACUCUGCAGCUGUUCACCGGUGUGGGACGGCGCUCUGUGUUCAGGACAAUAGUGACAUUGACUCCGGUUCAGCUGCACCACUUGAUUUGUAUAACGGGCUGCAAAGCUGAUUUACAAACUGCAAUUCCAAAAACAUUGCAGCAAUUUUAAAAGUACUGUUAAAGUUUACUAAAGCCAUUCAGUCGGCACGUCUCCCUUUGCAACAAAAAUAAUAUAUUUUUCCCCAUAUAUGGAGAUCCACUUGCCAUGGCACGUGAAGAAUGACAACAUAGUGGAUGACUGUCCUGUUAAUACUUUGAGCCUUCACAAAUACACAUAUCAGUGAUAUCAGGACAUGUCACUGGCCUAUAGAAUUGUCAAAAAGUUGCUUGAAACACAUGGGAUAGUGAGAGAUGUAUUGAAUAUUAUAUCGAGGUGUAUUGCUAAAUAUACCUCUUAUUGCCAAUUAUGGGCUCAUUGUGAUGCAUUGGAAUAUGACCAACAGAAUGUAUUAAGCAAAAAUGACAAUGUAUCCACAUUUAUGGAAAAGAGACAUGGAGGGACAGGGAGGAGAGUGGAAAAAUGAGUGAAAAAUAGAUUAAUGAUGAGAAGAAGGGGGUAGGGGAGGGUGUGUGAGAGUUAAAAGAAAGAUGUAGGGAGCAAUGACUUCUGGCAGGACAACCUGAUGACUUGAAUGGGCUCAGUGAGAGAGUGAUCCAUCUUCCUGGAUUCUCUUAUCUUAUUUCAUUGGAACUGCUGUACUUUGAACAUGUAUAUGAAUGUUUGUGCUGACUGAAUAGUAUUUAUGGUGGAGAAUUAUCUAUGUUAUAUUAUCAGGACUGUGAAUGCUUGCUUUGAAAACCGUGGUUGUUAAUCUUUAUUCUCCAGUGAAUGGGGCAUGCCAGUGGAAUGCAUGAAGGUGGGGUUUGUGGAGGGGGUGGGGGUUUUGCUUAAGGUGAUUUAUAUUUUUGAAUAUUAGUGUGCAUUGCCAGCAUGACAGGUGCAUGUUUCAAUAAAAAGAAAAUAUUAUAGUCUUGCUUUUUAACUGCUUAGACUGCCAGGACUGUCUUGGGUGUGUAUGACUGGCACAUUUUAUCUGUUUUCGGGGGACGUCUCCCUCUCCAGGUGACAGCAGUGGUUCCUGCUUAGUUCUUUAGUCAGGUCAGGUGGUGUGCACCAUGGUUCACUGUGAACUUCCACUUGGGUACAGGGUACAUGGGAGAAAGAUGUGGGGAAAAAAGACCAUUUACUCUUGAAAUUAGCAAAUUUAACUAAUAUUAAGUAGAUGAUCCAAAAAUGUUUUGCAGGUAUACCCCACACACACACGCAUGUGCUCAAAAGCACAAACCUUUUUGAGCUUACAAAAGCAGUUCAUUCACUUUGGGGGUUUAAAUAAGGGCAAAAUUGCUAUCAUUCUUAACAUUUCAUGUGAUGGUUUGUCGUGAGCUCAGAAAAAAAAUGUUCAUGAAUGAUUUUUUUUCCUGUUUCCUCGCCAAUCUGUUUUGCCCUUUCAUACUCGCACUGAAACACUGUGGCAACUUCCGCUAUCUGCUCAAGAGAGACAAGCAUGCGGCCUGCUUCAUGUCACCGCCACUUCUCUUCAGUCAACAAGGGAGGCAGCUCCCUCCAGCGGUGCCUCCAAUGGGCCCUUGCACCCACACCAGCCCAAUCCUACCCAAAAAGCUUUCAUUCCAACCAUCAGUUAUGUUAUUACACCUGAUUCUACUCAUCAACCGCUACAGUCUUUGCAAAGGGCCUGGAUGAGUAGAGUCGUGCAUGUUUCUGCUUGGUUGGAACAAACGCCUGCCC